AUGAAGAUCUCUUCGGUCGUUCCUGUGCUCGCCUUGAUGGCUGCACAGAGCGUCAACGCACACACGCUCUUUUCCGAACUCUAUGUCGAUGGCCAGGCUCAAGGCGAUGGCACCUGCGUUCGCAUGCCCACUGAUCCCAACACCGCCACCGAUCCCAUUCCCAGCCUUGACAGCAGCGACAUGGCCUGCGGUGUCGAUGGCACCAAGGGCGUUGCUCGCGUCUGUUCGAUCAACAGCGGUUCCACCCUCAGCUUCGAGAUCCGCGACUGGCCCGACAACCCUUCGAUUGGCAGCAUCGACAUCUCUCACAAGGGACCCUGCGCUGUUUAUCUCAAGAAAGUCGACUCUGCUAUCGACGACCAAGGCACUGGCGAUGGCUGGUUCAAGAUCUGGGAUGAGGGAUAUGACGAGUCCGCUGGCAAGUGGUGUACCGAGAAGUUGAUCACCAACAACGGCCAUCUCAGCGUCAACAUGCCCAAUGGUCUCCAAGGCGGCUACUACCUCGUCCGUCCCGAACUUCUUGCUCUUCACCAGGCCGACAAGGGCGAUCCUCAGUUCUACGCUGGUUGCGCCCAAGUCUGGCUCAACUCUACCGGCAACCAGCUCCCUCAGCAAACCGUCUCAAUCCCCGGCUAUGUCAAGAACGGCCAGCCUUCUACCUCCUUCAACAUCUACAACGAGCCCAUGGCAUUGCCCUAUCCUAUGCCCGGCCCUUCCGUCUACGUUCCAUCGUCUCCGUCCAACCUUGGCAAUCAGAAGAUGAAGGUCGUUCAACAGACGCAGACCGAAGGUCUCGCCCCUAGCGACUGCAUCAUCACCAAUGGCAACUGGGACGGUAUCGAGCUCGACAAGUACAGCGAUCAAGCCGGCUGCUGGAAUGCCAGUACCGCAUGCUGGGCCCAGGCUAAGACAUGCUACGACACCGCACCUCCCACUGGCAACACUGGCUGCAAGACCUGGGAAGCCAAGUGUCAGAACAUCAACGAUCAGUGCAGUGCUGGCAACUACAACGGUCCUCCCGAUUACAUGAAGAACCUCAAUCCUCCUGUCAAGCAGGUCUCGCUGCCUUCUCCCGACGCUGCUCAGCAAGGCGAUGGUUCUUAUCUCCCUGCCACUGCCAACAGUGCGCCUGCCGCCACUACAUUCACGACUUCAGCUCUCGUCGCCAAGGCUACCUCUGCUCCUUCCAACAGUAAUUCGCUCACCAUUUCCACCGAAGGCAGCUGCGGCAACGGUGUGACUUGCAAGGGAUCGAGCUUCGGCGACUGCUGCUCCAGCCACGGCUACUGCGGCUCGAGCGAUGAGUACUGCAAGGCUGGCUGCAACAGCGCUUUCGGCACUUGCGGCGGACCGUACAAGAGAGAGGAGCACAGUCACAUGCGCGUCCACAAGUACAAGCGUGCUGUUCGUGUUGGCGGCGAUGCCAGAAUGAUGCCAUGA